CGUCAACCUGUUGACCUUUAUCUGAAAUGUUCUGACAGUAGAAAAAACACUGACUACUCCAUUUUCUACACACAGGGUCAACAUUAUGAAGAGGAAAAACGUGCUUUGAGCCAUGAAAUAAUUGCACUUAAUAAUCACUUAAUAGAAGCCAAGGUGACGAUAGAUAAGUUGUCAGAAGACAAUGAGCUCUACAGGAAGGACUGCAAUUUAGCUGCUCAGCUGCUCCAGUGCAGCAAGAACUACGACAGGGCACAUAAACUUUCAGAGUUGCCAACUGACUUUCAGGAAAGAGUCAGCAUCCACCUGGAGAAGCACGGGUGCAGCCUUUCUGUCCCCUUGUGCCACACUUCUUACGCUGACACCAUACCCACUUGUGUCAUUGCCAAAGUGCUGGAGAAACCCGACCCAAACAGCUUGUCCUCGCACUUGUCAAGCCCCUCCACAAGGGAUCUCAACUUCCAGGACUCGGCCGGAAAAGCCGGACAAAGAGCCCAGUACAAGUCGGACAUCUACUGCAGYGACACGGCGCUCUACUGCCCCGAGGAGAGGAGGAGGGAGAGGCGGCAAAGCGUGGACACGCAGGUGAAGGACGUGGGGUUCCUGCGGUCCCAGAACUCCACCGACAGCACCGUCGAAGAGGACGGUUUCCAUUCCAGCUUCUCCCACGAAGCCUUCCCGGAGUACAUCACCUCUCUGCCGACCUCCAGCUCCUACUCCAGCUUCAGCGUCACGUCCGAGGAGAAGGAGAACGCCCAGGCCAACACGCUGACGGCCUCCCAGCAGGCGAUCUACAUGAGCAACCGAGAUGAGCUGUUUGAAAGGAAGUCGCCCGCGGGCUACGAGCACCAGGGGAGCCCCAGGUUCGCCAAGCCCAAACCCGCGCAGCACAUGGAGCUCRCCGACGACAACGAGAACUCGCCCACUUUCACCAGGACUCUGCCUCCGUAUGCAAACGAAACUUUUCAUUUCUCAGCCAUAACACCGCAGCAGGCUCUAGCGAACCAGAAAAUGAGGAAUGAGUGCAGGAGCACCCACCUUUCCGAGGAAGACUUGCCGGGGCGAUGGAGGCAGCUGAGCGUGGAGGACAUUGGAGCGUACUCGUACAGGAACGCUGGCAGGCUGUCACCCUGCAGUUUUUCAGAGCAGUACUACAGCAGCCCCAUCAAGAAGGGGGACAGUCGAACGAGCCCCAUCUACGCCAGCUACAAAGCAGACAGCUGUUCGGAGGGAGACGACAUCUGCCAAAGCAGACUUGUGGAUUCUUGCUUCCUGAGAACAGACAGUGGCCUGAACAUUGACAUCAGCACAAGCUGUAAACAGGACAAAUUGCCCACGUACAAAACAAAAGAAUCGAGAGACCAAAAAAACGAAAGGAUCACUGUCCAGUUGUGCAGUAGCAAAAACAUCGAGAAUAGCCCGGUAUUGAAAAGAGAAUACGURGACGUGAGCCCCAACAGCUCAGCGGAGUCACUCAAUCAGAGUUCAGCGGAGGCUUCAGAAAUCCACCAGUCUUCCAUGGAUCAAGGAAGCCAUUCGGGUGUUCACAAAAAGCAGCAGCAGUUUCAGCGGACUGGGAGCACUGGUCUGAGUCGGAAGGACAGCCUUACAAAAGCACAGUUAUACGGAACCCUUCUGAACUAGGCGUCUCCCCAAACGGCAAUAAGGCAGUGAACRAAGGGAAGAAAAGAGCAUUUGAUACUUCUAGUGAACAAUAAGGUCCUAAGAAACAGGAUUAUUAUAAAAUAUAUAUUCAUAAUGGUACUAUAUGUUUAAAACAAAAUCUCUUCAGAAACGUUAUACAGCACUUUUCACUUGACAUGCUUUCCACAUGGGAGACUGUCCCCUCCCCUCUUUUAUAAACCUGAAAUAUUUUUAUAAACAAAAAUGUAUUUAUUAGACUAUCCUAAGCUAUUUGAGCAGAAUUCUUUUCCCUUCAAGCAGGUUUCUUAUUUAUUUUUGUGCAUGAGGCCAUCUGUGCCUAAAUUCUUGGAGGAAAAGGGUGAAAUCACGAUGGCAGUGACAAAAAAAAAAUAAACCCACCUAAUAAAAUACCAUAAAAUGUCAUGUGAAAUCAAAACAAACAAGAAAGGUGAAUUUGAAGAAGUAUAUUUUUUAACAAGAAUGGAAUUGUAUCUUAAGUUAUUUCAUACAAAUGUAUUUAUGAGUGAC